AUGUUGACUGAGAGCAGGAACAAGGUGGUGUCUAGUCGACUGACUAUUACCAGUGCUUACAUAAACGACCCUGUUCACAUAACAAAUCUGCCAUCAAGCGUAACGGUUACCGAGAACGUUGCCGUCGGUACGUCAUUGUUCGAUGUGACGUACACUGAUGUUGACGUCACGCAAACACACAGCAUAGCCAUAACAAGCGCAAACCCAGCCUCGGGGACAAACUACUUUGUGAUCGACCCCUCAACUGGUAUAAUCACGACGUCGUCCGUCCUAAACUACGAGACGUUACCGGCCACGACGUUUACGUUCGACGUAACAGUAUCGGAUCCUGUGACGUCAGAUAUGGGAACGCUGACGAUCUACGUCGCAAACGAGAACGAGGCACCGGCGUUCGGCCUGACAAGCUACACUCUAUCGGCAACUGAAGGAAACGCGUGGACAGUCAUAGGAACGCCGUCCUUUGGCGUCACGGACCCUGACUCCGGAGAAACGGCACGACUUACCAUGAACUGCGGUACGGAGACCGGAUACUUUCACAUGGAUCCCAUUUCCGGUCAGGUCAGCUAUCAGUCCGACUAUGACCUUGACCUUGGCACCCUGCCAACCACAGUUUCCUGCACUGUGACGGUCACUGACUCCGGAAGUUUGACAGAUACCGCCGACCUUACAAUAACUAUCAAUGACGCAAAUGACAAUGUGCCAACGUUUUCACCUACGUCGUACAGCUUCUACGUCAGUUAUUACGCCGAUGCCGGCACAACGUUAGGCUACGUUACGGCGACGGAUGGUGAUGCAGGACCGAACGGUGUCAUAACGUUCACGUUGAACCAAACGUCAUUGGGUGAUGAAUUCUUUGCAAUCGACUCAAGCGGAGCGAUUACGUUAAAAGGGUCCCCAUCGUCUAUGUCACUAGGAUACGGUACGUCAGUGACAGUGACGUCACUGGCUUCUGACGUUGGUGGAAAUGAGGACACUGCAUCUGUCACGAUCAUUAUCUCCGAAACGACCACGACAACAACGACGACAACCACAGACCGAUACCGGACGUUCACGGAAGACAGCAAGAACGUAGCGUGGGUCGUAGCCGCUGGAAUCGUGGCAAUAGCGUGCGUGGUUGCCGCAGUCUAUGUCCUGUGCACGUGCCACGGCGAGAACGGAUGUGUCACAGUGAGAAAACCGCCGCCUCCAAAAUGUGAGUAG